AUGGCGUUCUCUUUGCCCUCUCUCCCUGUCAAGCACAAUGACUUCUUGGCCUAUGUGAAAUCCAAACCAGAAAGGCCUAUGAGAGAUCUGAUCGAGCCUUUUGCCAAGUAUGAUGCUGUUUUGCGUCAGACAUUUGCCCAAGCUCCCUCUCAUGCCUCUAUUCAAGACAAUUAUGUCAACAUUGUGCCACUAUACGAUCAAAGUCGUUCCACAGAUGUUCGUAUUCGGGCACGAAACCUUGCAUCCGAGACACCAGAGGAAAAAGAGAAAUACAUCUUGCCAUUGAGCGAUGAGCUCCGAAAGCCACAUGAUUCGCCCGCAGUUGUGCCGACUAUGGAUGAAUUCCAACAUAACUUUGCUCUCUUCACGGAGGGUUCGCUCAGUGAGAUUGACUGGUCGAAUGUGGUCGCUGCUGGUAGUGCUGUCGUGACUUCCCUCCUGCCCGUCCCGGAGAAAUAUCGCCACUCCAAGCGAGGUCUUCGCCAAUACUAUCAUGAAGAGUUUGCGCCCGCGUCCGAUGUGGACCUUUUCUUGUACGGCUUGACUGAGGAGCAGGCACUCGAAAAGAUCAAGCAUAUCGAGGACAAGAUCCGCAAUACUAUUCUGUAUGAAACCACGACUAUUCGAACUAAGAACACAAUCACAAUUGCCUCGCAAUAUCCCAACCGACAUGUCCAGAUCGUUCUUCGCAUCUACCGUUCAAUUGCUGAGAUUCUUACCGGGUUCGACGUUGAUGUUUCUUGCGUUGCCUAUGACGGCAGGCAGGUGUUUGCCUCUCCACGUGCAAUUGCAGCAUACAUGACACAAGUCAAUCAGAUUGAUUUGACUCGGCGAUCGCCAUCAUACGAAAACCGGCUUUCCAAAUAUUCCCAUCGAGGUUUUGAGGUUUUCUGGCCUCAACUUGACAGAUCAAAGAUUGAUCCGACUAUCUUUGAACGGAGUUUCACUAGGACUGAAGGUCUCGCCCGGCUUCUAGUAUUGGAAAAGCUUCCCCUGUCCCAAGACAGAGAUAAUUAUCUCCAAAAGAGACGCGAGGAGCGCGGUCGUCCUGCUUUGAACAUCUAUAUGCGCCGCCGUCAGGGUAAGGAAUUGAGAGGAAACAUCAAAGAUGCCUGGGAGGACGAGGUUCCAGAGUGGCAAGAGCAAGACCAAGUGUCUGAUUACCACACCUUUACUAUUCCUUACGGCAGGAACUUCAAUGCGAGGAAGAUUGAAAAGCUCCUCUACACGAAGGACUUGCUCUUGAACGCUCAGUGGAAUCAGCCUAAGGACCGUGAAGUCUAUCUUCAUCGACACCCUGCAUUCUUUGGUGAGGCUGAGCACGUUAUUCAUGAUUGCUGCGGCUUCUGUCCUCAACCGGCCAACGAGGAAGAAAAGAAGGUUGCCGAAGAGGAGAGCAAGAUUUACAUCUCUGGUGAUGUGAGCUUCAUCAAGGAUGACCCCGGUCGCCAGGAGAUUGGCAGCUUCAACCCAAUCACCGAGACGGAUUGGACUGAAAUGGCUUAUGUCGGCCGGACCGAAAGACUUUGCCAGGCCAUUGUGUCGAACGAUCUUGAAGCCGUCAAGGCCUUUCUUGCUGAGGAUGGCACUAAUCCAGACCGCCGGGACUACACUGGACGAACACCGCUUCAAUUAGCGUGCAUGUCGUCCACUGCCGAGAUUGUUCAAUGUCUUGUUGACUGUGGUGCUCGGAUGAUCCCACGCAUGGCUGAUGGAAAGACUGCAUUGCAUCUUGCCGCUGCCCGAGGAGACGUUGAGAUUAUUCGUAUUUUGUUGACCAAGAGCAAUCAAAACGAAGAGGAAGAAGAGAACAAGAAGGACGACGAGAAGAAGAAUGACAAGAAAGAAGACAACGAUGAUGCUAUGAGUAUCGAUGGAGACGAGACAAAGGAUGAUAUGUCGCUCACAUCUGAGUCUUACGUGAAGAUUGAGAACGAAGACAAGGAUACGGAAAUGACGACAUAUGACACCCUCGAGGACAACGAGCUUGAACCAGAUGUCUACGACAUCAAUGUGGUUGCUUGGGAUAGCCGUACCUCUCCACUGCAUCUUGCUAUUCUUCACGGACACAUUGAGGUUGUGAAGGAGCUUGUUACCUCCUUUGGAGCCGAUGUUCUGAUGCCAAUCAAGAUUCUGAACGACUACAGCAAAAAGCCAGAGGCAGCAAUUCUUACUUUGGUUCUCGCUCUUUCACUUCCUUCGGUUAAGGCGAGAGAGAUGUCAAAGACUCUUCUCGAACUUGGAGCUUCGCCUGCCCAGGCUGAUCUGGCACAGAAAACACCUCUCUAUUACAUUGCUCAUUCUACUGAGAGUGAGUUGCUUGAUGUUUACCUUCAUCACGACGAGCCAGCAGUGAGGCGGGCCAUCAACCACCUAGCAACCAGAGGUUCGCGCUGGUCUCCUGAGUUCUCCUCGCCUUUGAUGGUAUCCCUCGCUGCCAAGAGCUCAUCAGUGGCAAUGAAGCUACUGGACACAGGCGCGAAGCCAGAGAUUAAGAUUACUGAAUUUGUGAAAGCCCUCAAAGCUCAAAGAGAGACCAAUCAUCUUUAUGGGGACGUUGAAGAAGAGUUCAAGUCCAGUGUCGACCAGCCUAUCUUGCAAGCCGUUGAGAGUGAUCUUCCUUUGGUUGCCAUUGAUCUUCUUAAGCGCGGGGCCAAUGUCAAUACUGAGCGAAAGCAACGAUACCAAGCGACCGGUCAGACUGUUCUGGAUCUUACACGGGAAAUUCUGAAGACCCUUCGUGGGUACAUGGCCGACCCUAGCUACAGACCGCCAACAUCAGACCCCAAUGCGAUGGUAUUUGACAAAGACGACGAGUCGUACUUGGCAGAGUUCGUGCCGGGGAGCUACAAAAUGUUCCUUGCGAGUGUUCAGCUGCGUAGUGCGCGGAAGAGGGCCCAUGAUGCCGAGGAGCGUUUCCAGAAAGCCCAAAUUGUGCCGGCUGAUCCUCCAGGAACUGCUGAGAAGAGACAAGCCAUUGCAGAGCUAAUCCGCCAAUACGACGAUCUUGAAGCUGAGCUGUUGACAAAAGGUGGAAAGACAUUCAAAGAGCUUCAUCCUGUGGAUCAGCCACAGCAGACCGUGGUUGCUCAGGUGCAGCCCGAGAAGAGGGAACCCAAGAAGAAUGUCUUUAGAGUUCGGUUCAACUUCCGCAUGGUCGGCAUUACUGAUGAUUGCCGACGAGGAUAUUUGACUCUAUUUGAAGCUGCCUGGAAUGGUGACAUUGCCACCAUCAGAAAAUUGACAUUGGGUAUGUGGGGAGCAACUCAGGAUCAGCUUCCCCUCGAGAUUGCUGUCAGCGACUCAAGGGGUCUUUCUUGUCUCUCAAUUGCCAUCAUCCGUGGCCACUUGGAUGUCGCCAAGUCAAUUCUUCAAAUCCUGCGCGCACAGCUGAAGGUUAAAGAGCCCCGUGGAAGCAAGCAAACGCGAUUUGAGAUAGCAAUCAAUGACGAUGAGUGCUCAGAGGAGGACGAGGAUGAUGACGACCACUUGAACAUCGUGGGUGAUGAAGUUGACGAUACCUUCACUCAUGACAACGUUGGCGAAGACAUCAGCCAAGUUGAAAGUGACGUAACUCCUUUCCAAGCUUUUUCAAAGGACUUUGAUGCUUUUCUGUUCCUAGACGUGCUCCCACCGAAGCACCUUUGCAGAAUUGUCCCCGACAACGGUAACUAUUGGGUAUCCCAGGACAAUGUCAAGAUCAACAGCCUCGUCAAGUACGCCGUUUACAAGAACGACCUUCCCCUCUUGGAGUUCUUAUUGGAAACCGGAAAAGAUCUCGCUCAGAGCAACCCCCAUGGGAAGCUCAAAUACUCAGUCUCAAGUGAGGAGUUCCAACUUGCCAUCGGGCUCGGUCGCAUCGACUGCCUUUCCAAGCUCAUUCAAAGCACUGGAGCAGGACUUCCGCUUGCCAAAUUGAGUCAAGACUGCGGAGUUGAAGCUCGCAAGGAGCCUCAAUACUAUCCUGGCUUAUCGAUUCGUGGCACCAAGCGUGCUGACUGGGCCGAUGCUGGACGAGGUGGAGAAAUCGGACAUCCAGAUCAGCGCCCACCGCUUCUGAUUGCAGCCCUUCAGGGCAAUCUUGCGAGUACAGAAUUCUUCCUUGGCACUGGCCCUGGAAGGUAUUACCUUGAAUAUUUGAACUCAAUUCCGGAUGAUGAAGACGUCAAGAGACUCGCCGAGUCCCAGCUUGGUGUGGAAGGAACCCUGUUGAGCUGGUUGCAGACGAGAAAUAACCUUGUGAUCCAUUGUGCUGUGAUGUGUCGGCCAUCUGACGAAACAGAGCGUCUUUUGCAGUACCUUGUUGAUCAUCAUCCUGAAUGCAUCGAGGUCCGCUCCAGUGGUGGACUCACACCCCUUGCCCUGGCUAUGUCUCUCCAUCGGGUUCGAUUCGCCCGUAUCCUUAUAGCCGCGGGAGCCAAUCAAGCAACUCGUGAUUCCGAAGCGAACAAUAUUUUGCAUCUUAUUCUUCACUCGGCCGAGGGUCGCAAUUGCAGGAACUCCGAGCGAUGUGGCAGGCUUAUCAAUCUUCUCGAUCAGCAGCUCAUCCCUAUCAUGCUGAUCGAAAGAGCAGGCGAUAGCUCACAGACGCCUUUCGCCCGCUGGCUGAGACAUUGCCCCAGUUCAGACCAUCGUAUCGACCAGAAAGAGGGCAAAGCAAUGGUUCUUUCGAUGACAAACCUGAUCCUAAAUCUUGCAAACUCUUCCAACCAAAGACAUUUGGAGCUCUUCGAUGGAGCGGGAAACACUGUGGCUCAUGAUGCAGUAAAGGGAGGCCAACACGAUGUCUUGGAACAAAUCCUGGACCGUCGCCCUGACCUUCUAUACCGCGAGAAUGCAACCGGAACCACUGCGCUUGAAAUGGCUGUGGACUCUUGGGUGAACCAGCAGACCUCGGCGCCACCUGAGAGUCCUCACAAGAACAGGAACUUACCACCCCAACGCAUGAACAUGGUUUCUCGUAGCCCUGUUUACUUCGUCGAAGGUAUCAGCGUUCCAGACCAUGAUGUGAACAUCAUGCUGCGUGUCUGCCAAGGCCGAGCUCAACAAACUCCUUCAAAGAGAAGAUUGGUCAGUCUAUUUGAGGCAAACGAGGUUGCCAAGAGGCUGGCGGUUAAAUCUGAGGAACAUGGAUACGGAUAUGGUCGUCGUCGGGGUCGUUACCAGCGAUCUUCUGUUCGCGAAGAAGAUGAGGUCACUAUGUCUAACCACUUAGCUGCUCAUUAA